UACCAUUUUCAUCCAUUCUUAUUGCGAACUAAGAAGUUUAAACCCUGAAAAAACCCCAAAAAAUAAUAAAAGAAGCAUCUUCAGAUAUACGUAUAUUUGAAAAAAGUUUUUUUUUUUUUUUUUUUCUAAUUUGGCGAUGUCUACACCAUUAGAGCAGCAGCAGCCACCACCUGUAGGAGAGAGCCAACAAGCCUACACGGCCUAUACUGGCCGCGGGUCGGUUGGACCCGUCAUAGCCGUUCUAUUUGUGAUCACAAUCCUUGGAGUCAUAGCUGGCAUGAUUGGGAGGCUAUGUUCAGGGCGUCCUAUCAUGGGCCAUGGUCAGUACGAUUUUGAAGGUUGGGUUGAGAGGAAAUGCUCUUCUUGCCUUGACGGUCGGGUCGACGCUCCUCCGCCGGCGGAGGAGGUGCCGGAGGCGGUGCCUGCAGAGGAGACACUACAAGAAAUCAAAGAAGAAGAGCAGGGACAAGCUCAUGUUCAAGGACAAAAGCAACAUGGAAGUAGCAGUGAAUCUUGAUUAUUAAUUAUUCUUGGGUGGUUCUUUUUUUUCCUUUUGCCUUCAUGGUUAUACUCUCACUGUACGCGAACAAAUGGAUUUUCAUUUUUCAUUAUUAGACUUUGUUAAUUUUUAAU